AGUAGGGAAAAUAGAUUUUCAAAUCCAAAAUGGCCGUACACCAUCACGAUUUCGGCUUCGGAUAGUUGUUAAGUAUAGCUUUCUUGCCAGGAAAUGGCAGGAAUAAUUAAAAAUCAAAUAUUAAAGCAACUAUCAAGGUUUGCAAAGAAUUUGUCUCCAGACAAGAUACAUAUUAGUACAUUAAAGGGACAAGGCGAAUUAAGUAACCUAGAAUUAGACGAAAAUGUUUUGACUCAUGUGUUGGACCUACCCAGCUGGGUAAUGAUUAAAAGCGCUUCUGUUAAUAGAGUAGCAAUAAAGAUUCAAUGGACCAAAUUAAAAAGCGCUCCAAUAUGUCUUUAUCUGGACGAAGUUCACGUUGAUAUGCAAACCUGUGAAACAUUAAGACCGCAAAAUACUACUCCAAUGUACCAAAUGGCACAGGGACGAUAUGGAUUAACUGAAAGUAUCGUUGAUGGUAUGACUGUGUCGAUAAACUCAGUAAUCGUUAAUUUUUUAUCACCAACCUUCCAUGCAUCUAUACAAAUUUCACGAAUUCUUGUGGAUAGUGUCACGCCCCUAUGGGCUAGAGCAGAUGAUUUACGACAAACUAGGUUAAAAGAUGAAGCUAGAACUCAAGUAAUUAUAUUUAAACAAGCAAGAUGGCAAACGUUAAGGAUUGAGGCUAACGCCCUUUUAGAUUCUGCCCUUACUACACCUUUAAGAUUAAUAUCAAAUCAAGCCAAAUUAAGGAUAACUUUAAAAAAGAGGAUGAGCGAUUGCCAAAUGAUUUCUUCGAAAUUACAAUUACACUUGGACGACUUACUAUGGGUUUUAACUGAUACUCAAUUAAAAGCAGCAAUCAUUUUUGGAAUAUCCCUAAAACAACUGAUCGAUAAGGCCAGAACAGAAAACGUACGGAUGACUGAUAAUAAAGACAUUUCGAUUAACAGAGUAAAGGACAAGAGGAAAUUAAACGAUCGUGAUAGAGCGUUUAUUAAGCACGAUCCUCGCCAUACUUCCUACCACGUUUAUACUGGACGAGUCGACGUUCACUUAUGCGACGAAAGUGAUGCUGCAAUCACAGGUGCCGCUAUGCAAUUGUCCCUCUUUCGAAUGGAAGUGCACUUUCAACCUUAUCAUAAGGCAGGCGCAGAGAGAACCUGGUGGGCGGGUUAUGACGAAAAUAUGGCAGCCAGAUACGAAUGGGCGUCAGAUUUGCUUGAUAAUUUUCGACAGCAAUUAGACCUGGUAAAAGACUGUUUAAAGAUUGCAGACUGCAAAGAUAAAUUGCUAGAGUAUGGACUUAUAUUUAAAUUAGAGGAUUUUGCUAUCUAUAGAGUAUCUACACCUCACCAAACACGUAGUGCUAGUAAGAAAUUCAUUAUGUCGGAUAAAAAGCAGUUGCUACUUCCGAGUGAUAUGUCGUCCUUACACUUUGAUUUCACCGAAUAUUUCUAUUCUGACCCACAACAAUAUUAUCCUGUCCCACCGUCGAAUUUAUACGCGGUUUUCAAUCCUAUAAAGGUGAAGCUAGACUAUCUUUCGAUACUCUGGCUACAUUCAUUUGUACUAGGCCUUUUAAAUAACUUAACGUCAAAAACAGAGAAGACGAAGCCCACAGAAAGCGCUCAUUAUAAUAUUAAAUUAACUAGUUUAAUGCCUAGAAUUAUAUUACGAGCUGGUCCUUCAGAAACUACCGAAAACCAAAGAGAAAGACCUCACGCUGUUCAAAUACAAGCCUCUAGAAUAGUAUUAACCAACGUUCAACUGGAAGCCAAAACUUCACUACAACAACUGGCAUCUACCCUACGCUCGUUUAAAGACGCUUCUCUAUUCUGCUCCCGAACUUUUCCAAAUCACGUUUCAGACAUGAUAUGCCUACCGCCUGUGUUUGAAGAUCACGUGCAAAAAAGUGCUGACUUGUUCUUUGAUUCUAGCAUAAAUGACGUGCUGGCAGGUCGCCGUUUACCACCGAACGGCAACGUAAAUUUACGGACUAAUUCCCUGCAUACAAAAUCGAAUCGGGACUUGUGGUGCUUGCAUAUCGAACAGAUUUGGGCUGAAUUUAUAGGUGUUUUAAGCUCCCCUAGGCGACCUGUUAAUUUUGUGGAGGCGUUUCCAGUAACUAUCUGGCUAACAAUGCCAAAUGCUCAAACUAGUCAUCAGAACUAUGCAGAUUAUUCGUUUCUAUUCAACAUAAGCCAUAAAAUCGCCGUAGAAUUAAAUCAUUAUCAGUAUUUGUUCUUGCUUAGGCUGCUUGAAGCCAUAAAAGAUACUCAAGAUAAACUGCUGAAAGCUGCUCAAACUACGUCCAAGUCUUCAUCGUCGACUGUUUCCCUAUCGGCUAUUGUCCGAGAAAUCGAAUUGGCUUUUGUAUGUCCAAGAAUUCCAGAACUUCCUCCCAGUUAUUUGGAUGCGCCAGAAGAUUACGAAGCUGAUAGAACAGGUUUAAAAGCUGUCUACGAUUCGGUUGAUGCAAAAAGGCAUGUAGAAGAUGGUAACGAUAUGGAGACGUUGGACAAUGCUGUUUCUAGUCAGCAUAACAGUACGCCCAUGUCUUCCAGUAGAACAUCAACGAGACUGCCUUUAGAAGAUGACAUUGACGAUGUUAGUUCAGUUCGCUCAGGUUCAGAUGCUGAUGACGAGUACGUUCAGAAGGUGCUAAAUGGAAUCGUUGAACCAGCUUUUAUCAGUACGAGAAGAAUGAGUACAAGCUCUGAUGGGACUGUUUCAAUUGGUGAGGAGGCCUUGGACGACAAUGCAUCGGUCACAUCAUCAAUAGAUAGGUUUAAAUCUAUAGCGUCAAUAAGUGCUAUAAGAAUAUUGGGUGCUCAAUUGGCUGUCCAUAAUCGUUCGGAUACAUUCGUCGUUGCCGUCACUGUGGAUCAUGUUGUUCCACGAGAAUACGGUAAUGUCUCAGUUGAUAGUUUUCAGGCCAAAAUAAUAAAUGCGACAAGCAAUAGAGGUGCUGAGGCGGAUAAUUUCUUACCGAAACGUAAUGAGCCUCCCGUGAAAUUACGUUAUCAAGAUUCGGCUUUGAAUAUUCAAAUAUGCGAUCUAGAUUUAAAAAUAAGCAACUCAUCCGUUACGAAUUUAGGCGAUUUAUUCGAGGAUGAAGUCCUUACGGAAAAAGUUUUUCCGGUUAAAAUAAUUAUUGACCGAGUAAAGUUGACUUUAUUAAAUGAUCGACCUCCAACUUACAUGGAUACAUCGCCCGGUGCCGCUCCACUUGAUUUAAAUAUUUCACAUGCUGUUAUUACUCGAACAGAAGAUAGAAUAUUAAAUAUAAAUAGUAUGAAUAAUGACAUGACCGACUUGCGAAGAAGAUUUAAUAGCUUGAUUGAUAAGCAUCAAACUGAAGUAGCGCACAUGCUAAAUGAUAUAACUCAUUUAAAAGAAGAUAAUUCUGCGCUGCGUGGCCGAUUGUUCCACUUGGAACAUGUCUUAGCAACAAUUGGAAAGAAAUUGAAUAUGAGAAACGAUGUUUCAAGACCUUUAUCCGAGCAACUACUAUAUAGAAUUGAUAGACUCCAGCAAGACGGAGCAGCAGCUGUCCAACAAUUAGCAAAUACUACCACUAGGGUAAAUCGACUGCAAAAUGAAAGAGAUCAAUUAGCUAGGGAAUUGGAACAGAAACAAUAAUAACAAUUAACAAUAAUUUUCCUCAAUAUAUAUAUAUUGUAUAUACCGGUUGUUAUAUACAAUAGAUAUGUUUACGUAUGAAAUUUAAUCUAAAGAAUGAAAGUAGAGAAAAAAAAUAACUCUACAACAACCAGAGUAAGCGUCAAAUUUAUAUCAAGGAAAAAAAAAGAGACAAACAAAUUAUUAUAAAAUUAAUUUUCUUAAAUUGAAAUGAUAGAUAAUAUAUUUAUAUAUACAUUUACUGUACAUUAUAUAUAAAUAUAUUUCUUGUUCAGAUAAAAGUUGCCAAGAAUUUUUGGCAUUAAAACAAAAUUAAUAAAAAAAAAAAAAAAAAAAAAACAAACAAAUAAACAAACAAAAAUUAUUUGAGCUUUCUUGAUGUUGAGUCUUUCGUUUUAAAAGUAUUUUUGAAUUUAUUCCAAAAAAAGAGAAGAUAAUUAAAAAGAUGGAAAAAAAAAUGACUUUUAACGACUUAAUUCAUAUAGAAAAUGUUACACUUUUAGUCGUUAUCAUACAGUUACAUUUUCUUCCUAUUUUUUUAUUUAUUAUACAUUCCAAAACAAAU